AUGGAACUAAACACCACUACCUUUAACGGGAGUACCUGGGGUGCCAAGGAGGUCAUCCCUGUGGUGGUCCUGGGCCUGUGUGCCGUGGUGGGUCUGCCCAGCAACAUUGCAGUGAUCAUCGCCAUCGUCCGCAACAUCAGAGGACAGAACAUGAGCUUCACCUUGAAGCUCAUGCUUAGCCUUUCUGUGUGUGACACACUGUCCCUGUUGACGAUUCCCGUUUGGAUCUAUGCACUGCUCAAGGGCUGGUCUCUUGGUGACUGGUGGUGUAAGCUGUUCAGCUAUCUAGUUUACUGGAGCCUGUAUGCCAGUGUGCUCAUCGUUACCUCCAUGAGCGUGCACCAUCACAACAUAAUGAAAGCAAAAAGGCCCAACCGGCAGCUGAUGGAGCGGCUACAGAGACGGCGUAAGCAUGUUUGGCUCGCUGCCCUCUGGGUCGUAGCAGGCCUUCUUGCCUUGCCUAUCAUCCCAACACGUGGUGUCGUUGCUAAAAUUGGUGGUCUGAGAUGUCAAAAGGUAGAUGGAAAGUGGCAGAAAGUGUCUGUCCUUCUGUACGAAGUUCUGUUUGGCUUCGCCAUCCCGUUCUCUGUCCUGGUGACUUCCUAUCUGUGCCUAUACAAGAAAGUGCCCAAGGCCAACCUCUUAAGUACACAGAGGAUGACCAGACUUGUAGUUAGCAUUGUGGUGGUCUUUUUUUUAUUUUGGAUGCCAACACAUAUUAUCAACAUUGUGGAUAUUGUCGCCAUAUUGACUAAAAACUCUAACCAUGAUAAGUACAAGCAGGCAAAACAUGUACGGAGGAUGGCAGGGGAUUUUGCCAAGACUCUUUCUUACAUGAACUGUUGUUUGGACCCAUUCCUCUAUGCCUUUGCCUCAAGAUUUUUGGAGUGCAGG